AUGAAUCCAACAACUGAAAAAUAUCGUGCCUUGCUGAAAGAGAAUAGACCGGAUCCACCAGCAGAUAAAUAUCUUGGAGAAGUCAUUCAUAUUCGCAAAUUAAUGAAAGGACCUUCAUUGGAAGAACAAAAACCAGAACCUAAAGAAUCUUCUGAUUCUGAUUAUCAAGAAAUAGUUGUUGAUGUCCAAGACCAGGUUGCUCUUAUUAAAAACCUUCAACAAAGCAGAAAUCCACCAGGUCCAAAUCGUAAUGCAGUCCCUAUUUAA